GGGGACGGGCAGGUUAAAGCGAGGCCGGCCCGGCACCGGGCUACCGCUGCCCGCGCCGUCGUGUCCCCUCGCUCCCGCCACGGCGGAGGACGCGCCGCGGGGCCUCGUCGCGCCGGGAGGCCCAGGACCGACAGGUUUGGAAAAGCCUUUUGACCCAGGAAUCACUAAAAGCUGUUCCAAAAUAGAAGGACAUAAGAAAUGUAUUCAAACUAGCUUGGCCUGAGUAGGAAGUAAGAAGAGAGUUAUAGACGAGUUGCAUUGAGGAAUGAAGAGUUGCUGUGUGUAGCCACAAAUUUGAUUGACUUGCUCAGGGGUAGAGGCUGAAGUGUCUAUCUCCAGAAAUGUCUUUGGAAAGUAAACAACAACAUGAUCUGUCACUCAAGAAUUCAGUUGAAGGAAAUGACCAACACAGUCCUCUGUCUAAUAUGCAUCCAGAGCUUGGAAAGCAAUCAAGUACUGACUUCAAGCAAUUUGAAGCCAAUGAUCAAUGCACACUUUAUCGUAGGAUCCAUAUGGAGCCUCGAGAGAAAUCAAGUACUAACUUCAAGCAAUUUGUCAUUAGAAAACUGCAGAAGAGUUGCCAGUGCAGUCCAGCCAAAGCCAAAAAUAUGAUUUUUGAUUUCCUUCCUGUUUUGCGAUGGCUCCCAAAAUAUGAUAUGAAGAAAAACAUUUUAGGGGAUGUGAUGUCUGGUUUGAUUGUGGGCAUCUUAUUAGUGCCCCAGUCCAUUGCUUAUUCCCUCUUGGCUGGCCAAGAACCUAUCUAUGGUCUGUACACAUCAUUUUUUGCCAGCAUCAUUUAUUUCCUGUUGGGUACCUCCCGUCACAUUUCUGUGGGCAUUUUUGGAAUAUUGUGCCUUAUGAUUGGUGAGGUAGUUGACCGAGAACUACACAAAGCUGGCUAUGACACUGCCGAUAAUGCGCCUUCUGAUUUAGGACUGGUGUUGAAUGGGAGCACAUUAUUAAACCAGACAUCAGACCGGAUAUGUGACAGAAGUUGCUAUGCAAUUGCAGUUGGCAGCACUGUGACCUUUAUGGCUGGAGUUUAUCAGGUAGCGAUGGGCUUCUUUCAAGUGGGCUUUGUUUCUGUCUACCUCUCAGAUGCCUUGCUGAGUGGAUUUGUCACUGGUGCCUCCUUCACUAUUCUUACAUCUCAGGCCAAGUAUCUCCUUGGGCUCAGCCUUCCUCGGAGUAAUGGUGUGGGCUCGCUCAUCACUACGUGGAUACAUAUCUUCAAAAACAUCCAUAAGACCAAUAUCUGUGAUCUCAUCACCAGCCUUUUGUGCCUUUUGGUUCUUUUGCCAACCAAAGAACUCAAUGAGCACUUCAAGUCCAAGCUUAAGGCACCAAUUCCUACUGAACUCAUUGUUGUUGUGGCAGCCACAUUAGCCUCUCAUUUUGGAAAACUAAAUGAGAAAUAUAAUACCAGUAUUGCUGGGUCUAUUCCCACAGGGUUUAUGCCACCCACAGCACCGGACUGGAACCUAAUACCUAGUUUGGCCGUAGAUGCAAUAGCUAUUUCAAUCAUUGGUUUUGCUAUUACUGUAUCACUUUCUGAGAUGUUUGCCAAAAAACAUGGCUACUCAGUCAAAGCUAAUCAGGAAAUGUAUGCCAUUGGCUUUUGCAAUAUCAUCCCUUCCUUCUUCCACUGCUUUACUACUAGUGCAGCUCUUGCAAAGACCUUGGUUAAAGAAUCAACAGGCUGCCAAACUCAGCUUUCUGGUGUGAUAACAGCCUUGGUUCUUCUGUUGGUCCUCCUAGUAAUAGCUCCUUUAUUCUAUUCCCUUCAGAAAAGUGUCCUUGGUGUAAUCACCAUUGUAAAUCUCCGGGGAGCCCUACGUAAGUUUAAGGAUCUGCCCAAAAUGUGGAAGGUUAGCAGAAUGGAUACGGUUAUCUGGUUUGUUACCAUGCUGUCCUCUGCACUGAUAAGUACUGAAAUAGGCCUGCUUAUUGGGGUUUGUUUUUCUAUGUUUUGUGUCAUUCUCCGUACUCAGAAGCCAAAGACUUCAUUGCUUGGUUUGGUGGAAGAGUCUGAAAUCUUUGAAUCCAUGUCUGCUUACAAGAAUCUGCAGACUAAGCCGGGAAUCAAGAUAUUCCGUUUUGUAGCCCCUCUCUACUACAUAAACAAAGAAUGUUUUAAAUCUGCUUUAUACAAAAAAACACUCAACCCAGUCUUAGUAAAGGCAGCUCAGAAGAAGGCCGCAAAGAGAAAGAUCACAAAGGAAACAGUGAUUCUCAGUGGAGUCCAGGAUGAAGUUUCAGUGCAACUUUCCCAUGAUCCCUUGGAGCUUCAAACCAUAGUGAUUGACUGCAGUGCAAUACAGUUUUUAGAUACAGCGGGGAUUCAUACGCUGAAAGAGGUUCGUAGAGAUUAUGAAGCCAUCGGCAUCCAGGUUCUGCUGGCUCAGUGCAAUCCCUCUGUGAGGGAUUCCCUGGCACGUGGAGAGUAUUGCAAAAAGGAAGAAGAAAACCUUCUCUUUUAUAGUGUGUAUGAAGCAAUGGCCUUUGCAGAAGAAUCUCAGAAUCAGAAAGGAGUGUGUAUUCCCAAUGGUCUAAGCCUUUCCAGUGAUUGACUGAGAAAGUAGAUGGAAAGAAGAAUGAUGUCUAGCCAAUAGCUUAAGAUUUGAAGUAUGUAAUAUUUUCUAGUUCCACAGUGGAAAAUGUUGUACUUGAAAAUUUAACCUAUGGAGAGAUAUUAUUCCUUUGAAGUUGAUGGCCUUUGUAGAGACACAAAUGCAGUAGAGCUUAUAGUUAGGCAGAAUCAAAAAGAAGACAAUUUUGUGGUUUUAGGCCUUUUUGCAGAUAUGAGGUAUUCUUGAAAUUAAAUAAAUACCUAUUGAAUUGAACUGUAAAGUAGGCUUCAAACUCAAUUACCAUGCUGUUUUAGAAGAUAAAGCAUUUGGACUCUUCCUUCUCCUGGAGGUAAAGUUGACAUUGACGUGAGAAGUGCUAGAGGCUACUUGAUGUGACUCUUAGGAGAGAAUAGAAAGGAGGCAGGGAAAUAGUGUUGUACCUGCUCUGAUACCAGCAGGUCAGGGGACUUCUGUGGCAAAAGGUUUGUUCUUACUUGUACUUCUCCGGUCCCAGUCUUUGCUCCCCUAUGGCAGUAGGAUCUCUGGCUUUUAGUAGGAGAGCACCAUUCCUUUCCUAGGGCUAGGAACUCCACAGGCAUAGUCUUAUUAGGAAUUUGAUGGCUGGGUGGGCUGAUAGGUGAAAUCCUAUCAGCCAGCCUCAUGUUACUUAGAACAUUCUUUGUAAUACAUUUGAUGUUUUUAUUCAUGCCUCUUUAUUUAGAGUAAGUAAGCAAAGAGCUCUUCUUCAUAAUCGGCCAAAUACUAGGACACCUCCAUGUCUUUCCUGUGAUCUCAGUCUGUCCCUGUCACUGAGUAUUUCUCUACUCUUCUCUACUAUUACCUCUGUUGUAGCUUUCGUUCAUUUAGUGUUUCCCACAGAAUCUGUCUUAUACUGCUACACAUUACCUGCUACAAGAUUGCUCGGUAAAGGGCAGAAUGCUGACUACACAAUUCUAGACAGCAUUUUAAAUGAGCUUGAGGCUACUGUAAGGAUGGAUUGAAAAAAAGAGAUGAUUGACGGUUUCCCUUAAGAAUUUGUUUACUGGGCAGCCCCGGUGGCGCAGCGGUUUGGCGCCACCUGCAGCCCGGGGUGUGAUCCUGGAGACCCUGGAUCGAGUCCCAUGUCAGGCUCCCCACGUGGAGCCUGCUUCUCCUUCUGCCUGUGUCUCUGCCUCUCUGUCUCUAUGAGUAAAUAAAUAAAAAUCUUAAAAAAAUAAAAAACUAAAAAAAAAAAAAGAAUUUUUUUACUUAGCAGUGAAUUUUUUUUCCUUUCCAUGGCAUUUUAGCAAGGGUCCACUGGGGAUUGACAGUCUUUCUCAAAUAGAAGCUACUAUUCAUCUUUACUCAGUUCCUUUUGAAAAGCAAGAAUGUCCCACAUUAAAAGCUUAUUCUGUAUGUGGACCUUGAUAGUCAAGGAAAAAAAAAAGUUUUCCAAAGUUAGGACUAGGAGAAUAAUUUUUCAAGAUUGAAACAUUGCAUCCCUGGGUGGCGCAGCGGUUUGGCGCCUGCCUUUGGCCCAGGGCGCGAUCCCGGAGACCCAGGAUCAAGUCCCACAUCGGGCUCCUGGUGCAUGGAGCCUGCUUCUCCCUCUGCCUGUGUCUCUGCCUCUCUCUCUCUAUCAUAAACAAAUAAAAAAUUUCAAGAUUGAAACAUUUACCCACACUAUUUAAAGCAAGCAAAAUAAUAAUUACAGAAAUGUGAAUAAUUUUUUAACUUGUUACUACAUUCUAAACAACUUAAAUAUUUAUGAGAAGCAAGCCCUAUCUGUUGGGCAUCUAUUGGAGUUGGACACUUUUAAAUAUAUUUAACUUUCUUUUUGGUUCCAAAACCUUCAAGUGUUGCUUUUCUACUGAUAGAACUCUGUCCAUCUGUUUACAUGGAAAAUGCCUUUCUAUUAAAACAAAGCAGUUGCUCAAUAGAAAAGCUGGAUUUCUGUCUUGAAGGUGAUUGACUUCAUGAUUAAGUAUAAUAGUACUAAAUUUUGACAUCCUUUUAGAAUUUAAAUCUAGAAUUUCAGAAAUAUUAGCUGCUGUUUGUAUUUGUGGGUUUUUUUCCUUUUGUUUUUAGCCACUAUUUGCCCUUUCUAUCCAAUUUUAGGAAUAGUAAUAGUACAAUUAUAGUGUCUUGGUUAGUUAUUUUUAAUCCCUCUUAUCCACCCCCUCACCCUCCAGGUUUGAAUCCAGAUGUCGAAUGCCAUGUGAGAAAGUAAAUGAGUACAUAUUAAAGAUGACCCUAUAAUUUAGCAAACACUAGCACAGAAAAAAUUAAAAAAGGAUCCAAAAAAUUUAGAAAAUGCCUUAGAAUGGAGUAACAGGAUCUUUUACCUGACAUUUCUGUCCAUAUAUGGAUAUUAACAAUUCUGGAGUUUUAUGCAAUUAAGCAAAUUCUUGAAUUAUGUUCUGGUUUGUUCCUCUUCUACCCAGACAAACAUACAGGAGAUUCUGCUUUUGGCAGCCACUUGUAAAAACAUUUAAGAUUCACAGAAAUUUAUAUCUCACUUCUCUGCUCAGGUUGCGGUCCACCUUUUGUGACACAUUGUUGGUUGCUAGUAUUUAAAGAAAUCAGCCUAAAGCCAAAAUCUAACUCACCAACAAAACUAUUUUCAUUUUCUUUCUUGCUCAAGGCUUGGACUUUAGUUCAAAAGCUGAUACUUUACACACUUUAUUGAUACAAAAAUAUCUUGCUUAUGCUACACUUUAGAGUCUAAAGCAUUUUCUCAUUGCUUAUUGACAUGUAUAAAAUUCUAAAUAUCUUAAAAUAGUCAUUUAAUUGAAACAUAGUGUAUAUAUUCUUGAUGCUUAAAAACUUAGAGCCAGAGACAGAGUAUGCUAAUGUGCAGAGUAAGGAUAACAUUCAAGAGGAGUGAAAGGAAUAUACUGUUGAAAACAACUCUUGGGGAUGCCUGGGUGGGUGGCUCAGGGCGUGAUUCCCGGGUCCCGGCAUAGAGUCCCACAUUGGGCUUCCUGCACGGAGCCUUCUUUUCUCUCUCUGCCUUUCUCUCUGUGUCUCUCAUGAAUAAAUAAAUAAAAUGUUUUAAAAGAAAAAAGAAAAAAACCUCUUUGACCAAAAGAGGGCUAAAGGAGAGGACUAAGUUGAACAGGAUACAAUCCCUUUUUAGCCCCAUGUAGCAGUAGGGAGAUCAGAAAUAGGAGCCACACCUUAGUUUGACAGCAGGGUCAGAACUGGUUUUGGUUUCUAGAAAGGGAGGGUGGAUUCACCAAAGAUGAAAGAGCUGAGGAGCAUGUGGAACCCCAGAGUUGGGGCAAAGGCCCGGUUGACCUAAUCUGGAGCAUAGACUGAGUGACUGUAGCCUCUGAUGGUGGUAAAAGGGACAAAUGUCUAAUUGACAAUUAUUAUUUUUUUUUUUUUUAGUGGAACCAAAGGAAAAUCUGAAUAGUCCAACUUAGCUUUGAAACAGUAGUAGUCAUUGAAGCCAGAAUUUGUUGGUAAAUUUACAGUAUGAUAAAUGGUGAUCUUUAAACAUGUAUCAAGAUGUUAGAUGAGUUCAUUAGACUAUUCUAAUGCUAAUGAACAUGUUUUAACAGGAACAGUUAUUCUCUGCAGAUGUAUACUUAAAUAGUUUGUCACUGAAGAACAAACACAUUGUCUGGGUGUUAGCCCUGAUCUUAUUAUAAAAAUGAGAAAAAGGCAGUGAAUUUCUUGGGAACUAAAAUUGAGUCUGGAAGUUACAAUGAUCAAUUUCAGCUCUAUGGUCUUUGUUACUGUUCUUAAUGAAUUGUUUUCCUCUAUAUAUUGCUAUAGAUGAGCUAUAGGAUCUUUUUUGCACCAGUGUAGAUAAUACCUCACUACUUACUGAGGACCCAUGCAGGGGUCUAGAGUCCUGGGCCAGGUGCUGGGACUAUGGUACCAAAUCUAGUAGAUGGGCCAUAUGGUAACUCUCCUAGGUAACACCGGGGCACUUGGAGGAGCUUUCUGGAGGAGCCAAGCUGAGCCUGGACCGAGGUCUGAACAGGAGACAGGCAACUGAGGCAAACAAGGAGGCAUGGAUGCCCCUGAUCUAUUUAGGGAAUGAUUCUACAGUGAGAUCGCAAAAACCCAGUCAACAGAGUUUAGGCUUUUUGCUUAGUUUUUCUGUUCUUUGAUGUUUUUCUUUUCUCCCCCUGUUUUCUUUAUCUAUUCUAGUGAUGCCUUAAUUUGAAGCUGGGUUUAAAAAACUGGAAGGAGGAGGAAAUUAGAUCUAGGAACCUUUUCAGUUUUGAACUAACUUGGCUUUUUCCCCCGUUUGUAUUAAGAUUUUAUUAGAUAAUCAAGAUUGGAAUCAUCAAGUGUUAAUACAAAAAUGAAAAGUAGAAUGGGGGUCUCCUGGGUAGCUUAGUCAAGUGUCUGCCUUCGGCUCAGGUCAUGAUCUCAGGGUCCUGGGAUCAAUUCCCCUGUCAGGCUCCCUGCUCAAGGGGAAGCCAGCUUCUCCCUCUGCCCCUCCCCCUGCUUGUGCUCGCUCUUUGAAAUAAAAUCUUAAAAAAAGAAAAAGAAAAAUAUAAUGAAACAGGCCAAAAUAAUAAAUCUACUGCUUUGUUAUCAUAGCCUAUUAUUAAAGUAAAAUAUUAUUGAAAUACUGUAAGUUAAAGGUACAUUUUAGUUGUGUGUGUGUGUGUUGUUUGUUUUUUUUUUUUAACAUUAGUAACUCUAGGGAAGGAGAAUUUAGAUGUGGGAGUAGGGGAAGAUUUAUUUUUAUAAGGUCAUUUUUAUCCUGACAAGGACUAUUGUUUUUAAAAGUGUUUUGCACCUAUUUUUUAAGUAAACAUGUUAAAUACAGUUGGGAAAGUUAAAUAAGCAAUAUACUAACUACUGGAUUUUUUUGGUGUGUAUUCUAUUUUUCUCUUAGUGAUAUAAAAGAAGGAGGAGAAUUGUGAAAACUAGAAUAAUGAAGGACACUAAAUGCCCUUAUUUGAGAUACCAUGUUUGCAAGUCUACACUGGAACCUUGUACCUUUCUUGGACUUGAAUUAUGGCUCUGAAAAAGGCCAAAUAAUUAUAAUCUUAUUUUGAAAUACCAAUGACAGAAUUUCUAACUGAAGGUUUUUUAGUUGGCAGAUAGAUAAGCAGCCUUAGCCAGAAGAGAUUUUUAACGGCAGCUUUAAUAAACUUACUUUAGGGAAGUUCUCUCCCCCUCUUUCCCAUCCCCUAACCCUAAAAUAAUAAGAAACCGGGAAUCAAAAAGCUCAUGUCUUUUUCAUUCAAAUCAGGUGGGAAAUUACUAUUUAAGUUCUGAUGCUACUAUGAUUUCUCAAAAAUUGGUGGGAACAAAUCAAUUUAUAUGAAAUGCUACCCUUUUUGUCUCUGCAAUUUUAUAUACAAAACAAGACAUUAUCAGGUGACAGGUGAAUGAACAUAAAGUCUCAGUUCUGUGUACUCAGUAUACUGCCCUUUUUUUCAAUUAUUCACAGCUAAUGACUUUUAGGAACAUAUUUUAUACCACAUAUAUCUUUUUUAAUUAAAGCAAGUGCCUUGAUGCCAUUCCAUAUAAAUCAGGCUUAACCCUUUAUGGGAUGAGGAUGAGUUGAUGGAUUGCAGCUUGUUGCAGGAGAGGGGGGAGUUGGUUAAUAGCAGGUCUUUUUCUUCUGGAAGGAUAUGUUUGUGUUGUUUAUUAUGUAAGAUCCAACAUGUGUUGAGAUCUAGAGGUGUCAUUUUAAUUUCUGCUAAUUGUUAUGCUAAUAAAAUA